AAUCCCAGCCUGGGGGUGCACUCCACAGACCUUCAGCCUCCCGGUUUGGGGGACAGGACCCCUCACCUUACCUGCCCUCUGCCCCCCCUAAAGGUACUUCUUCCCUCUUUCUUCACCCUCCCAUCAUCCCUGAUGCCUCUCCCUUCAUCCCGCCUGUCUUUUCCCCUUUUGAGUAUUUCCAUCCUUUAGGCUCCACAUCCACCCCUUCCUCAAGCUCCCCACCCCACCUCAACCCCCCCCUACCCUUGAACCGCCCUGGGUCUUUCUGUGCUCCUCCAUCCUCCUCCUCCUCCCUUUCCCUCACUUCUCCCCUGCCCCUUGGUCCCUUUUCCUGUGUGCCACCAUGACUGUGAUGGCUGGAGAGAACAUGGACGAGACUUCUGCGCUACCUGGCCACCCCCAGGAUAGCUACCAGCCCGCCGCCCACGAUGACCACGAGUGCUGUGAGCGCGUGGUGAUAAACAUUGCGGGACUGCGCUUCGAGACGCAGCUGAAGACUUUAGCCCAGUUCCCCAACACGCUGCUGGGCAACCCCAAGAAGCGCAUGCGCUACUUUGACCCCUUGCGCAACGAGUACUUCUUCGACCGCAACCGGCCCAGCUUCGACGCCAUCCUCUACUACUACCAGUCCGGGGGGCGGCUGCGCCGGCCGGUCAAUGUCCCCCUGGACAUGUUCUCUGAGGAGAUCAAAUUUUAUGAGCUGGGCGAGGAGGCCAUGGAGAAGUUCCGAGAAGAUGAAGGAUUCAUUAAAGAUGAGGAGAGACCCUUGCCGGAGGGGGAGUACCAGCGCCAAGUGUGGCUCCUCUUUGAGUACCCAGAGAGCUCUGGGCCGGCAAGGGUUAUUGCCAUAGUCUCUGUCAUGGUGAUCCUCAUCUCCAUCGUGAUCUUCUGCCUAGAGACAUUACCUGAGCUGAAGGAAGACAAGGAGUACACAGUGCACCGCACUGACAAUACCACCCAGGUCUACAAAUCCAACAUCUUCACAGAUCCCUUCUUUGUUGUGGAGACCCUGUGCAUCAUCUGGUUCUCCUUUGAGCUGGUGGUGCGCUUCUUUGCUUGCCCUAGCAAGACUGAUUUCUUCAAGAACAUAAUGAACUUCAUUGACAUUGUGGCCAUCAUCCCCUACUUCAUCACCCUGGGCACCGAGAUGGCCGAACGGGAGGGGACUCAGAAAGGAGAGCAGGCCACCUCCUUGGCCAUCCUGAGAGUCAUCAGACUGGUAAGAGUCUUUCGAAUCUUCAAACUCUCCCGGCACUCUAAGGGCCUCCAGAUUUUGGGACAGACCCUGAAAGCAAGUAUGAGAGAGCUAGGUUUACUAAUCUUCUUCCUCUUCAUUGGGGUGAUUUUGUUCUCUAGUGCGGUAUAUUUUGCUGAGGCUGAAGAACCUGAGUCUCAUUUCACAAGUAUCCCUGAUGCUUUCUGGUGGGCGGUGGUAUCCAUGACCACUGUGGGCUAUGGUGACAUGUACCCUGUGACAAUUGGAGGCAAAAUCGUAGGCUCCUUGUGUGCCAUCGCUGGUGUGCUGACAAUUGCCCUGCCUGUACCUGUCAUCGUGUCCAACUUCAACUACUUCUACCACCGAGAAACAGAAGGGGAAGAACAGGCUCAGUUACUUCACGUUAGCUCCCCUAAUUUAGCAUCUGACAGUGAUCUCAGUCGCCGCAGCUCCUCCACAAUCAGCAAAUCUGAGUACAUGGAAAUCGAAGAGGAUAUGAAUAAUAGCAUAGACAAUUUUAGAGAGGCUAAUCUCAGAACUGGCAACUGCACUGUAGCCAACCAAAACUGCGUUAAUAAAAGCAAGCUGCUGACUGAUGUGUAAACAAAAAAACAAACAAAAAAAAAAGAACAGAAAAAAGCAAAACAAAACAAAAUCCCCACUCACAGCUUGAAGACUUUAGUGACACAGUCACACUUUGUAGAUGCUUUACUGAUAGUUUUUGAAUGCUUUAUUUACCUCGUAAAUGCAUUGUUGCAUUGCAAAUCUUUGCUCUGCGAUAAAGAAGCUUCCAGGAUCCACGAAAGAUAAAAUUUUGAUUAUUUAAAAAAAAAUGUUUUCCACCUGGUAAAUGAUAACCAUUUGAACUAGUUUAGUUUUUAAGGUGUUAUGACACUAGACCUAAACUUUUCCUCUCCUAUCUCCUUUGUUGGGUUUUUCUUUUUUUCUUUUUUCUUUUUUUUUGAAAAAUUUAUCUUAAACUAAGCAAGACAGUUUUUAGAGCUAUUAAGCAUAUGCAUGGAUUCCAGUAAAAAUAUUCUGAAAAACUGCACAGUUGCAAGAAGGUGCAUCAGAUAAUAAUAGUAAAAAAGAUCAGCCAAAACCUGCGGCAAGCAUUUGCCGUGGCGUUUAUGAAGGAGUUCAAAUUUUCCUUCCGCCCCCUCUGUGAAAGAUUCCAUCUAUCCAACCUACAGAUCCACACAGCACCUUAUUAAAAAACCUACUUAAGCCUGGUCUCUUUUGCUGUCUGUAGAAGAAAUAUGAGAAUAGCAAACAAAACUGAAGACAAAACAUCUGCAAUGCUGCUAAAUUCUUUCACAUGCAGAUGAUAGAAACACACUUCCCCCCCCCCAUUUGCAACUGGAUACAAAACUCUAAGCCCCUCUGUUGCAAGAUAGCACAAUGGAGUUUAAUAUAAGCAUGUUUGAAUUUGAUACUAUUUAUUUUAUGAUAGCAUGCUUGAAACGUUACCUCAGACAAUAGCAGAUAAGCUUUCGUUUGAACUGAAUCUUCUAAAACUAGGUCCUUUCUCCUCUAUUUUUUCAAUCCUUUUCUUUUUCUUUUUCUUUUUGAUUUGCAUUCACCAGAAGUGCACUCCUUAAUUUAUUAAAUCGUUGACUAGUAAUUUAAAGUACUGUAUUUAAGUGCAUAUGUUAGUCAAAUGGGAACAAUAAUUUUUGGAGAUCGAAGCAUGUUCAAAUAUUCAGCAUUAUGGCCUAUUUGAUUAAAGUGUAACUUGAAUUAAUUAGUGCAUGAAUUCAAUGCUAAUAAUAAUAAUAAUGAUAAUGAUGAUAAUAAUAACAACAAUAAUGAUAACAAUAAAAAUAAAAAAAAAAGUGCUUGAUAGACUGAGGGCCUGAAUUAACUGAUUAGAGAAACCUGAUUGUUUUCCUGCAUUGCUUAGGGAAAUGUGUUGACUUUUGUCCAGGCGUUGUUGGAAAGGAAUAUAUCCCAUCCCUUCAAGGGAAAGCUAUAUGGAAAAUUAAGAAGUCAAGUUAUAUAUAGAAACACCUAAAAACCUAGUAUCCUCUAUAGAUGAAAGGUGCAGAUGCAUGCUUUUUGGUGCAUUCUCAGAAUGUAAAUGAAACUUAUCUAUUAUAUGCAUCCAAAUUGCAGCAGCUGGUUUUUUUUGCAGUCAUCAGUUGAGACUUUUUUGUAUCCCCCCGCAAAGCUCACUGAAGAGACUCAGCAGAUUGAUUGAGAGAGUUGUGCAGUGCCUUUAAUCUUACACCCCCCAAAACUGCUGAAAGUGCCUCCAGGAACUGAGCGGAUCAGAGACACUGAGGGAAAGGACAAGGAGUCAGUCCACUGUCAGGAGUGUCCUGUGCUGUCUACUGGCCCAGCACGGAAGGGUUUAGGGAUAGAAAAGAUCAAGUGUGAGUGAGAGGGAUGCAGAAGAGGUCGGCAGAGACCAUCAGUGGCCAUGGAAUACUUUCCUUCCCCAGCCAGUCUGACACUGCAGGGCUCUGCAUUGGCUUCUGCCAAAUAACUCAUACUUGUGUACAUGCAAAGCUUCAGGUUUCCCCAGGUAGUUCAUAGAGGCGUCACUGCCAUCACUGCAUCUGCCCUUUCUUUCCCUGAGGUGGCUUUUUGGCAGCCUGUCCCUGCAGAGCAGGGCACAGGAGGAGCAGGAGCCCUGGCAUCACCCAGUCAGGCAACCAGGCUGGAGAACUGUGUUCUUUCCCCUAGAUUCCCCAGCAGGUAGAUGGGAAAGGCUUUGCCCUCCCAUCCCUGUCUCCUCUAUCCCCUUUCAGAUCUUAGAUCCCAUCAUAGCCUUUGAGCCAUGUUCUUCUUCCUGGUCCUGAUCUUACUGUACUUCCAUCAUUUCCUGGUGAGGGAAGCAAUGCUAGGAGAAGGUAUCUUCUGCAACAUGCCAGCCUUGACUGCUAGGCCCUAGAAGAUAACAACCUUUGAUCUGAACGAAUGUAGGCACUAAUCCCAAUUCUUCAAAUGGACAAAGCUGAGGAUCUUCAUUCUGCACUUAGCAUGUGGCCAACUGCUGUUGAACACAUCUCCUUCCAUGCUGUAUAGAUACUUUCCUCCCCUUUCUGAUAUAUGUAUAUAUGUGUAUAAAUAUAUAUAUAUAUGUCUGCUUCUGUGUGUGUCACAUACGUAUGCAGACACAUGUAUAUAUAAAAUAAAAUCGAGGCACUUAGAGUUAAAAACCAACCCUAACUGCAGUUACGCACAAGCUUGACCUGACAGGUUUCCAGAAAGACUUGACUUUACUUCUCACUGUGUGACUUUUGUGAAUCUUAGUGAUGAGAAAGAUCAAGAACUGAGGGAGCUCUAACUCCUGCAAAAAGUGCAAAGCAUCAGAUAAAACAGGGCAUUACAUCCUCUAGGUAGAUGUUGUAAAGCUUCUUUCCUGUCCCCUGCUGCUCACGCCCUUGCCCACUGUACAUUUCUCUCCCUAUUAAAUUCCUUAUCUUCCCAAACUCUUGAAUUGUAGGAUAUGACUUCUGAUGUUAAAAUGGACCUGAAUGCUGCACUCAGCUUAUAAAACCACCAUCUGACAGCAAUAAUCAGUUCAGUGCUAUGGGACUGAUGAUCAGAAGGAUGCGUUUAGGAGAUGGGGCCUCACUUGAGUACCUUCUGUCCCAGCUGGCUGUGCACACCUUAAUUUAAUGUGCAGAGUGAUGAUCAUUCUGCCUAUGCACAGGGAAAAGUGCUGCAUGCAACGAUUCUUUAUCAGGAGACCAGGACGGAUCAUAGGAACUCGUGGUUUGGGGAGCCUGAAUGUUACUUUGUCCAUUUAUAGCUCACUGCAAAGGAUCUCAAUCCAUACAGAGUACAGGAAUUAACCUCAUGUAGCAUAGGCAUGCAUUUUCAACAAGUUUGACACAAAAAAAACAAUAAACAACAAAAACAAGGUUCUAACUCCCUCUAUACAGGAGUGCUGAAAUGUCUUUGUGGGCCUGAAGGUGCACUUAACAAACUGCCUGUUCUUAUCAGCAAGCAUCCCUUUUUUAUUUCUUUCUUUUCUUUUAAUAUCUCUUUUUUUUUUUUUUUUGUUUCUUCUUUUGGCCCUUAUGUUGCUUUUUGCCAUAUGUGGACUCUAAGGUUUUUUUUUUAUGUAACUAGAAGAGGACUGGAAAUGAGCUGAUUCCCAGUGUAGUGCUUCUUUGAAAGAGUCAAGAUAAUUCCUUUGGUCGGGACCUCCUAGAAGUAAUGCCCAUGUUAUGCUGGACAGGGAACCCAGUGGACAUGACAGUCUUUAGUUUGAUGAGGGGAAGACAGCUUUUCCAGAAGAAAAAUUCCCCAAGCCCCCUGAACCACCCACUGCUCUGCGCCUCUCUCUGCUUCUUAGCUGAUCCUGUGCAGCUUUUCCUUCACCCACUCAGGGAAAGGGGUGAGGGAAUUCACCUGGAAAGGGUGAGGCAGCAGUGCACCGCAGUGCAGAGGCAGGAAUGAAGCAGAGAGUCAGUGGGCAGGAAUCCCAUGGGCUGGUAUCCCUGCCAGACUUACCCAUUUGUUUCUACCAUACUUAGCUCUAGAGCACUAGGGAGAGGCAGAGGAACAAGGGUGAGAGUGAAAAUGAAGGACUCUUGUACCCUGUUCCUUCACAGAACCGAGAAGUUGCUGCAAGACUGCUGAGAGCUCAAACCCUCAGAAUGGCAGCUCCAGCAUGGGCCAUCAACUGGAUUUAGUCACCUUCAUGAGUAAGCUAGGGUGCAGAAAGCCAGGCUGUGAGUUCACAGCAUCCUAGCAAACCUGUGCAGAUUGUCUGCAUGGGGUCUCCUAAGCCUUAUCUCCACCAGGGACUUCAGGAAAGCCAAUCUGAAUUAAUGAAAGGUGUGCAGUUAAAGUAGAUUUGUUAAACUGCUUUAAAGCCCAGCAUGGACAUUCUGUUGCAGUAUUAAAGCAACCUUAAUCUGAUUUGGAGUCAUUCUUUUGGAAGGGAAGUAACCUGAAUUGAAUUAAGGCUGCUUUAAUUCCGAACACAAUGGGGCUUAAUGCAGUUUACCUCAUCUGCCUCACAAGUCCAUUCAGACAGAUAAGCCUGUAGUAAUCAUGAGAUGUACUGGAAGUAACCCCAUUGUGCAGGGGGUGCCCACGUGCACCAAAACUCUCGGUACACGGGUGCUGCAGAUUCACAGCCUGGCUUACUGAGGGGAAAACUAAUACUUGAUCCUGGUGCCAGUUCUGGUGAGUCCCUCCCUUUGUUCCUGGUUUACACCUUUGUGAGGAUAAUCCAUUCUGCUGCCUUCUGGGAAGCUGAAAACUAUUGCGGCCCAAGGAAAUUAAUUUCCACUUUGUAAAACUGCACAUGUGCUAGCCUGUUGUAUUGUUAAUCAAGUGGACAAGCACUUGUGAAACAGAAUGAAGCACUGGAGACAGGACAAAAUUCAGCCAAGGUCCUCUUGUUUGCAGCAGUGGUUUUUGCCCACACAGAGAUUCCAGAGAUCAGACUGCUCUUAGCAAACCAGGUGUGUAUCAUUUAUCAUAGGCUGCAGCGGCCCAAAUUGGCAACAGGAGCAGUAGCAACUUAUAUUGACAGGGUUUUUUCCUUACUAGGGGACAAUCGUUUUCAGUAGGCAGAAGUACAGGAAUUUAGUUUCUACUGUGAGAGAGCUGAAGCCCAAACAUAACCUCAAAACCUGCUGAUUUUAAGGAACUGGAGGCGAGUUUCGCUUUUCCAUAGUCCACACUUGAACAGUGUAGUUUCUUAUAUGUGCAUUUAUUAAACAAAAUACAACCAACACUAGGUCAGGAACAUCUGAAAUUUAUUAGAAAAAAGUGUAAAGUUGUAUUUUAGAGCAAAAUCUUCUACAUACAUAUGCAAUACACGGACAGAAUGCAUUCCUUUCCAAAUACUACCUUGAUAACUGUUGCUUGAGGGGUGCCAUUCUGGAUUAAUUUUUCCCCUAACCUGAAGAAGAGGGAGGUACUGCAGCUUUUCCAGGAAUGGUCUGAUCCUGUAGGCUUCCAGCAGCCUGAUGCCAGUGAUCCUCAGAGUAAUUUCAGACUCACAGGGAUGCAGAGUCAGCUCCAAGGUGUGAUUUAGUCUUUGUAGCCGCAGAGCUGGAUGGAACUGGAAUGCUGUCCUUGCAAUUGCACAGCAGGGCAAGUUUGUCUCAAACCUGCCUCCUGCAAGUCUGGAACAGGCUCUUUUUCUGAUAUGCUUCAACCAGGGACCUACACUUCAAUUUUGGUUGGACUUAAUUCAGGCUGAGUUUCUCUUUCUGUUUUCUGUUGUUCUGGUUUUAUUUAAUCAGGUGUAGGGAAUUUCUUUUUCCUGAAAUGCUUAUCAAGUAUUCUUAAAGGUGUCAGUAUUUGUAUCUGCAAAAAAAAAUAAAAAAAAAAUAAAAAAAAGAAACUUCAGGGUGUUCUACAGUUUCACUCAGUACAGGUCAACUUGCCAACAGUGAGGUCAACAAUUUAUGCUGUCAAGGCAUAGCAUGCUUUGAUAUUUUCAAAGGAAAUAAAAUGAAACUGAGGUCUUAACUGAAAUUUGUCUCAAGGUUUCUGUUAAUAUUUAUGUAAUUCUGUAUAUUUCACCUGUUCACAGGCUCUAGCAAAUGUCACUACAAGUUAUAUAUAUUAAAAAAAAAUCAUCUUCCAUUUCUAGUUUCUAUAAUAAAAUGAAGACGCUGCAUUCAGUUCCUUUAGGUGCAUCAGUCUUUGAUCCAUGUUAUUGUUUCAGUGACAUUUCUAUAAUGUAAUUGGGAUCAAAUGUAUAUUUUACUUUUGUACAAAAGUAAAAAUGAUAUUUUUAUGACUAAAUUCAGCAAACCCUUACCUAUAACCUGCUAAAAUGAAUUUUUUUUUCCUUUCCUUUACAUGUAAAACAUUGGUUUUUUUGCAGUAUGUCGGUUUGAAAUGAAUAAAUAACAGCUGUCAAUAGAACUGUAAAUGGCCUCUCAGACAUACCUCUGAUUUUAAAUAUUAAAUAUUGCCGAUCUGAAAUAUAUAAACUGAAUAGUCUCAAUAUGAAAGUGCACCAUCAGGGCAACAAACCAUUUAAGCUGACACAGCUGUACUUAUUUCCACCAUUUAUCAAUCGCUUAUACUUUGGGUCAAGUAUGUACUUCAUUGUCACAUUACAGCUCAUUUUACUUCCAAGUAGUGAAAUUGUUUGACUUACCAUUUUUAGAACAUCUGAUGUUAUGAGUUCUUGAACUAUUUGAAAUGCAUAGUUUUCAUCUAUGCAGUUUUACCUGCUUCUGUACUAGUUCAUCUGUUCAUACUUGGCAUCAAUUAAAGAUAAUUUUUAAGGAUCUUA